GGGUUUGAGAGAUACUUAGGGGACUUAACUUAGGGCAUUAUGCGAAAGUGGAAGGGGAUCGUGAAGACUAAACUGAUUGGGAAACGGAAGCUCGAGACGAGAGAGAUGUCCACAUCCUUGAGAACUACACGCGGCUCGGAACAACGAAGGCUCCAGUGUCUACAAGACAUCCAAAAAUUGCAAGAGGAGAUCAAGUUGUUACAGAUUUCAAACGAGAAACUGAAUGGUGUCGGUCUCGACGAUAUGAGCUUCACCGAGCUGGCUUCACUUGGAAGUAUGUUGGAUGAGGGCUUCCGCAUUGUGGACGAACAACUAGACAAUGCACACGAGGAAAUAACAACCAAGCAGCUUUUUGAGUACGAUCUUAUGGGGGGACCGGACUGGACUCAAAGAAUAGAGAAAGAAGAUUUGGCCUACCAAUCCCUUCUAGCGGGGAGAAGAGUAGCUUUGAGGAACAAGGCUAGAGAAUUCCGCCUCAGCCCUCCAGAAACCCAACCUUGGCGUAGCGAUGACCCUGAAAGAUUGAAGUUGGACAUCGACUCUCUGGAGAUGGAGAAAGAGAGACUACGUCUUUUCAACCAGAGAAUGCUUGGUAAAGAGCUUGACGGUAUGAGCUACUCCGAGCUGUUCGUGUUUAGCUUUGAGAUAUCGGGCGCUAGUAGGAAAGUUGUGUCGAUGAAGAAGAUAAAACGUGACGAAGAGAUGGGGAAGACAAAACGUCCAAGGCCGUCGGUCAACAAGGAGCCAAUCUCCCCGGGACAGAUAUGAUGGUGGUGGCAGGUUCUCUUCGCUCGUGACAACACUAAGAGAUUGGAUAUAGUUUUGUUUAAUAUGUCUUGUGACGUGGCUACUAUUAUGUACUUGGAUAAAUUUUUAUGGUUAGUUCUGUCACUUUGUGUUAUGUCUCUAUGGUGAUACGAUGAAACUAAAGACUUUUGCUAGACGAAAAGGCGAAAUUGAUAGACAUCAGUGGAAAUAUAUGAUAACUGUGGUAAUGAAAUAGCAAUGAAAAAAAUAAAAUCCUGAAAAGGUAAAAAAGGUUAUAAGUUGAUUUGGUAACUGUUCACUUGUUUCGCUUGAGUGAAAGAUUUUUUUUUAUUUAAUUACACUUAAAUAUAUAGAAAUAGAUUGUUAGAGAUUUAAGUGAUUUUUUACAACAUCUAAAUGAUCAUUGCAAUUGUUUGGUGAACAAUUACAACUAAUUAAAUGAAACAUUCCAACUAUUACUACAAGAAAAUAAGCAUAUUAUGACAAAUUGUGAAUCAUCACAAUCUUUGGUGAUGAAUCUUUGCAAUCUUUAGUGAUUAAUCAUUGCAAUUGUUAAUGAUUGUGGUUUUUAAGUGAUAAACCAUUGUAAUUUUUGGUGUUAACCAUUGAAUCUUUUAGCCAAGCAUUUCAAUAUUUGAUUGUCAACCAUUGCUUGCAACUCUUAGUUCUUUAUAUAAAGAGUGGUGAACACUAACAAAUCACAACUAGAAAACCACAAAAACUAUAAAUAGAUCAUCAAAAAUCUUUGCAAAACACAUAUAAAAACAGAGAAAUCUAUUUAUUAUUCUUAUAUCUUAACCUAUGAGUAUUUAUAUCUUAAUAGAACAUCGACUUCAAGAAAUAACUAUUAAAAACCCAAUAAAUGACAUCAAUGAGUUUUAAAAAAGGUAAAUCCAUAAUUUAUCAACUUAAUUAAUUUUAUUUAAUCAUUAUGUUAGUUUAAUAUAAUAAUUGUUAGAAUUUUAUAAGAAUUUUUCCAAAGAAAAAGAAAAAGAGCUGGUAUGAGCAGACCCUAGAAGAAGAAGAGACAAUGGAUAAAGAGAUUCUAAACAAACCUGAUAAGCCCAUGGAGAAAGAACGGAGGAGGAUCCUGAUGCAGAAAAAUUCUAGAGGAUUUCUCCUGAUAAGCCCAUGGAGAAAUCAUACUUCUUGGUUAUGGAAUGGAAACCUAUAAAGAUGAAUGUUGAGGAUUUACCAUGAAAAGCUUCAUCAAGGCUACCACCAGGAAGGUAAAUAUACCGAGAAAGAAAGUUACUUGUAGAUGUUGUCAACAUCAACAUCAAUAUACUAAUUUUUUUCUUUUUUCCUUAUAUUAUGCUCAAAAAGUGACAUUUUCUUGUAUAUUGGUUUUAUCUCCUUUCAUUGAUCACUCUUUUAUCACAAUCGGACAUUAAAAGAGUUAAAUAGAUAAUACAUCUUAAAUUGAAUUAUAGAUAGAACAUUUAAAAGCACUAAACAAAUAUAAAUGAAAGAUUUAAGAGAUAUAUGAAACAUACUCAUCUUAGUCAUCAGCUACAAACAUCAGUCUUCAAGCGAAAUACAUUAUUUUAAACAUUUCAGCUUACAAACAACAAUAGUCACUCAUCUUAUUUUUCAUAUGAAAAUAAAUUAUUCUUUAAUACUUUCAACUACAAACCUCGACCGCUAUCUAAGCUUGAUUAUUAUUAGAAAGUUCAUCACCGAAUCUUAGCAGACUGUUGCAUAGAGCUUUAAGCUCAUUGUGAGACAGAGUUGCCAAAUUUAUGUUUGUCAACACAUAAAUUUUUUGAAACAUAUGAUCAAUUUUGGUAAUGAAAAGAUGAGUUGUUGUUGUUUGUAACGGAAAUAUUUGGAAUAAUAUGUUUUAUUAGAUUACAAUAUUUGUGCACAAAAAACGACUAAGAUGAGUACUCGGUUAUUAAUAUAUAUAUAUAUAAUCAAAUGUUUGAUCUACAACUCUAUUAUCUUAAAAUUGUCAUCAUUAAUAUGCUAAGUUUUCCCGCCCGUAUAAAUUUAUAUAUAACCACCUCUCUCGCAUGUCUAAAUUUAUAUAAAUUCAACGCUUAAACUCAUAGCGACUUGUUUCUUCUUCUUCUUCCCCAAAGCAAAUCAAAUACCACUCUUUUCUUCUUCUCCAUUUCUGUCUCUUUCUCAACCAUGAGCAACGCAGUGUUUGGUCAGCACACUUGUUAACAAAUCUGUCAAAGUUUCCAUCUUUCAUCUGACUUUCACUUUUUUUUUAUCAAAGUUUACAUCUUUACGGUUUUGAAUCUUAGGCUUUUUUUUCCAGUUUUGUUGAGGUCAUAGACAGAUUUGUUAACCAUCAAGCUGAGGCCCCAAUAGUCUCUCUCCACAGAGCUAUUGCUUUGGUCCAGCUUGAAGGUGUGAAUGAACUGCAGAUGAGUGUUCUCCUCAACCGUGUGAAUGUACUCCUCGCUGACAUUCAUUACAUACUUACAAUGAUGCUUGAGGUUUCUUUUUUUUUUUUAAUAGUCAUUUUGAGACCUGUUAGUAAGCUGUUUGAGACUAUGUUGUUUAUUGUUUUCCUAGUAUGCUUACAAAGAUACAACUCUUAUGCUCUUAUAUGAUUACUAUGUUUAUGAGUUUACUAAAGUUCUCAACUUUCACGAUAACUUUCCGCCAGAAAGUAAAAAAAAGAUUAAAACUUCCUUUAGAGCUUAACAGGAAACGCUGAAGAAAGAACGAAUGAGCAAAUCAUAAGCAACAACUAUUCAGAAAACCACUACUCGAUCGGUUUCAGCUUUAGCUUUUGCACAAAGACAAAAACUUUAAUUAGUCUAUCAGGAUCCAAAUCCUACUAGAAACCCUAAUUAAUCAGUCAAUUUAGAGAAAAUCGCGUUCACUGUUUACAGCACCGAAUAGACAUAGACCACUGGGAUGUUUUAUCUAGGAAUCAUUAAGUCUUGUAGUGUGCUUACUUCUGAAAAAGGGGUAUAUUGAAUAUUAAUUUCGUUAGAUAGUUUACCUAAGUGAGCAGCUUGGUUCAUUUUCCUUUAAUUUGUAUAUGAUGUUUAGUGGGUGCUAUAGCUACAUGCUACUGAACCAAUCAACUUCAAGAAGC